CGCGCAGAUGCGCCGCGGCCCUGCCACUGUCUGGCGCUCGGGUGCGUCUGCGGCGCUUGGCGGAGACAUGGGGCGCACGGCCCGGCCGCUCUUCUCGUCGCUUCUGGGGCUGGGGCUGCUGCUGCUGUGCAGCUGGGGGUGCCCUGGGAAUGCCCAGCGGCGGCCCCCGCCGCGGAAGAUCGCAAUCAUUGGAGCCGGUAUUGGUGGCACAUCAGCAGCUUCCUAUCUACGGCAGAAAUUUGGCAGGAGUGUGAAGAUUGACGUGUUUGAGAGAGGAGAGGUGGGAGGCCGUCUGGCCACCACGGUUGUGCAAGGGCAAGAGUAUGAGGCGGGAGGCGCUGUCAUCCAUCCUCUUAAUCUGCACAUGAAGCGCUUUGUCAAGGACUUGGGCCUCCCGACUCUUGAACUCUCUGGUGGCGUCACAGGGGUGUAUAAUGGAGAGAAAAUGGUGUUUGAGGAGAGCUCCUGGUUUAUAGUGAACAUUCUUAAACUAAUUUGGCAUUAUGGACUUCAGUCCCUUCGAAUGCAUAUGUGGGUAGAAGAUGUAUUAGACAAGUUUAUGAGGAUCUACCGCUACCAAUCCCACGAAUAUGCCUUUAGUAGCGUAGAAAAGUUGCUACACUCUCUAGGAGGGGAUGACUUCCUUCAAAUGCUUAACCAGACACUUAAUGAGACCUUGCAGAAAGCUGGCUUCAAUCAGAAAUUCAUCAGUGAAAUUGUUGCUCCCAUCAUGAGGGUCAAUUAUGGUCAAAGCACGAGCAUCAAUGGCUUUGUGGGAGCGGUGUCAAUGGCUUCUACUGAUUCUGGCCUUUGGUCAGUGGAAGGUGGCAACAAACUUGUUUGCUCAGGGCUACUUGAGAAUUCUGAAAGCAAUCUCAUACGUGGCUCAGUAAUGUUCAUAGAGGAUAAGACAAAGAAAAGGAAUCCAGGAGAUCCCAGAAGGACGUAUGAAGUGGUUUACCAAGUUGGGUCUGAGACUUAUUCAGACACCUAUGAAGUUAUCUUGGUGGCCACUCCUUUGAUUCCAGAAAUAGCCAAUAUAACUUUUCUCAACUUUGAUCCUCCAAUUGAGGAAUUCCAGCAACAGUACCAGCCUAUAGUGACAACUUUCGUGAAGGGGCGGUUGAACACAUAUUUGUUUUGUGCCAAGUGCAGAGAUGGUUUUGGCUAUAGUACCAUCUUAACAACAGACAAAUCAAAGUUGCUUGUCAACAGCAUUGGACUUGUGACCUCUGUAUAUGAACCGAGUUAUAUCCAACCAUCAAAAGAUGGGUCAGGUAUUUGGAAGAUGUUUGCCCAAGAGACUCUGACUAAACAUCAAAUUGCAAGGCUCUUUAAUAGCUACAUAUAUGCUUCAAAGCAGCCGUGGCUUGCAUAUCCUCGCUAUCAACCUCCCCAGAAAUGUCCCUCCAUCAUCCUCCAUGAUCACGUUUACUACCUCAACAGCAUCGAGUGUGCGGCUAGUGCCAUGGAAAUGAGUGCCAUCUCAGCCCACAACAUUGCUCUCCUGGUUUAUAACCGCUGGAAUGGGUACGAAGACAUGAUUGACCAAGAAUUGUUAUAUGAGAGGCUUAAAGUAGAACUGUGAAGUUCCGUCUCACUGUUUUCCAUGCGUGUUGGUUCCAAAUGGAUUAUCACUGGCAAGAAAAUAAUUCAGUCUGAGCAGAGUUGAUUUGCAAUCUGAUGUUUUGCCAUUAUCAUCAUCAUCAUGUAACAAAGGUAAUCCCAGCAAGUCAUGAGAACACACAAGAUUUUAAACUGAGCAUAAAGAUGUAACUAGUAGAUUUAGGCCAUCUCCAAAAACUUAAUUCUUUUAAUAUUCAUCAGCAUUAUUUCCCAAACUUGUCUGAUCAUAAGAAUCACCUGGAGGGGCCAGAGAUGCUAGGUCAGCAGGCUAGAGCUCAAGCUUCUCAUGUUCUAUUCUCAGCACCACAUGGUUCCCUGAGCACUGCCGGCAAUGAUCACUGAGCACCAACCUGGGAGUAGUCCCUGAACACCACCAGAAGGGACCACAAAAUUGAAAACAAACCAAAAAAAUCACCUGGAGUUCGUUAGAUGUAAGGAUUCUCUGGCUUCUCUGGCGGUUAUAAACCAGGAGAGCAAUUCUCUGGAUUUUUUGAUUCAAAAGGUCUGAAGGUGGAACCCUGGAGUUUGAACCAAUGCUUCGAACAUUUUAAACUGCACUUGAAGAAUUUAAAGACGUACUCUUGGCUGGGGUACUACUACAUUUGCACUUCACAAGUGGACAGUGAUUGAUCUUUUUAAAGUCAGAUAAAUGUGGAGGUCUGUAUCUUUUACAUGAAAGAUAAUUUAUAUCCUUUUUUCAAAGUAAAGAUGCCCAAAGCCUUGACUUUCAGAAUGUUCUUUUGAUUGCUUUCUGUCUUGAAUUUAUUAGAGUUGAAAUUCAGAAGUCUUAAUAGUAUAUGAUUUUAAUAUGAAUACAAAAGUUUCAAGAAAAAUAAGAAGCAAAUAGAGUCUGUUGAUCAAGACGUUUGCAUUCUAAACAAAAAACAAGAAACAAACAAAAAAGAAAUCAGCAUUCUCUUGUCAAAUCAUCACAAUAAAUAAGGGAGCCAACUCAUUGAACUUGUAUUUUUCCCUUCACCAUACCCUUUUUCCUUCCUGGAACACAGAUGCGACAGGCAUGAGAACAAGAACCACAUGCUUAAGACUGCUGGACAGAAUAUAGAGAUAGAUCAGGAAGUCUGUGAUAGUGUUAUGAAAAUCUUUGCUGCCUAUUUCUAGCCUUAUUGUUCCACAAGAAAAAAUAAAGCCCUAUGUUGUUUGAAAAAAAAAAAAAGAAAAGUAAACUGGGGUUGGAGAGGUAGUAUGAUGAAUUGGGUGCUUGCCUUGCACAUGGCUAACCCAUGUGUGAUCCUCUGAACAUUCUAUCCCCUGAGCCCUGCCAGAAGGAAUCUGAGCACAGAGCCAGGAGUAAGCCCUAAGCACUCCUGGGUAUGGCCCCCAAAAUCCUUUCAUCCUGAGAAUCUGAUGUAAUAGAUUGAGAAUAAAGACCUCGGAACUUUGUGGGUUUUUUUCAAAGGUCCUUGUUUAUAACCUGAGUUGAGGAUCAAUGAUACAGGGCUUAAAAGUCUCCAAAGGUUUUUAGUGCCUUAAAAGUCCCAAGAAACACAACUGUAUUGUCAAAGUGGACUUUUUUUGUGAAGAAAUUCUCAGUGAGAACUCCAGUAGCACACUUGAUAUUAUCAAGAUGUAAUGAGUCUAGUAGCAGACAAUUUAUACCUUACUCUGGAGCAGUUGAUGCUAGAGUAGUAUAUUCAGAAUGGCAGCCUGCUGUGAUUCAAGACUGUUCAAGCAGUUAAAUGUGUCAAAGCUACCGCGACAUUUUGAGUCAAAUUGGUUGCUGCAUCAGUCCGUCAUUCUCAGCUUUCAUUGCACACUGGAAUGCUUCACCAAAUGGCUCUGAUGCAGCCCAACUUGAAGUUACAAUUGCUACUUAAAGAGCAUGCAUGAGUGACUGAUAAAAAGCUUGUGAACUUUAAAAUUACAAUCAAGGACCAGAUAGUAUGGGGGUUAAGGUGCCUGCUUUGCAUAUGGCUGCCCCUGGUUUGAUCCUGGCACCACGUGUUCCCUGGAUACCAGCAGGACAUUUUCCCACCUACCAAAGUAAAAUCCCCUCCGCCCCCACCAAAAAUAAAAAAUUGCAGCCAAGAUGAUGUAUUGUUAAAUUUUUUUCUCCAGAUUACUUCUCCAGUGACUAUUUCAGCAAAACACUGAAUGUUAAUUCUUAAAAUGAUUGUUGUGAAUAUUAAUGUUUUCCCACCUACCAAAGUAAAAUUUCCCCCUGCCCCCACCAAAAAUAAAAAAUUGCAGGCAAGAUGAUGUAUUGUUAAAAUUUUUUCUCGAUUAUUUCACCAGUAGCUGUUUCAGCAAAACACUAAGAAUGUUAAUUCUUAAAAUGAUUCUGUUGUGAAUAUUAAUAUGCCAAUAAAACUUUCAAGACUGUGUAGAGAAGGGAUUAAAUUUAUGGUUUACCAGUUAGCUUUAAGAAGUACUUGAGGUGUUGCUGUUUUUCCUUUACGAUUGAAGAAAAUAUGUGAAGAAUAUGGCUUAUUUUAUGCGCUACAGGUUGGGAAGUACUAAUGAAAUAGUUCAUUUGUCACCUAUAAACUUUUUAUAGUGGAAUAUAUUUUUAUUUAAAGGAACACCAAUUUAAAACGUUGCUUCUAUGUCAGAUCUGUUGAUUAUUUACCAUCAGGGUAUCUGUAAUUGUUUUCUUAAAGAGCAAACCAGGCUUUUAAUAUAGUAUUACUUUGGGGGCCAGAGCGAUAUUACAGUGGGUAGGGUGUUUGCUUUGCAUGUGGCCAACCCGAGAUUCCAUCCCUGCAUCCCAUAUGAUCCCCCGAGCACCAUCAGGAGUAAUUCCUGAGUGCAGAGCCAGGAGUAACCCUUGAGCAUUGCCCGUUAUGAUCCCAAAAGAAAAAAAAAAAGGUACUAGUUUUAUUGCAAUUACAGUAUUAUUUUUUUAUUUGAAGAAUACUGUCAGAGCAUCUUACUGCAGACCAUUCAAGGUAUUUUACAGGAAGACAAACAUGCAGGAGCUGGAUGAAAUCCAGUUCUCUUCCAGUAGUUCUCCAAACUCUAUUUAUUGGCAUCAUCUGAAAGGCUUGUUAAGCCUCUCUGGGUCUCAUGUCCAAAAUAUUCAAGAUUUCAAGCUGGACACAAAACUGCUUUUUUGUUCCUGAGUGAUGCUGGUUGGUUGGGAAUCAGAGAGUACCAAUUCUAUAGUUUAGCUCUAUGUGUGAAAAAGCAAGUUUGUGGCAGGAGAUGCAGUUCUGAGGCCCUGGGUUUGAUUCUAGCAUUGCAAAACAAAUCAGCAAAAGCCUGUAAAUAUCAACAUGAGCUGCUGAAUAAAUAUGUAUUGGACUUCAUGUUAAUUCCUGUGAUUAGUCGAUUCCUCUAAGCUGUUCUCUUGUUGUACAUUUUUUUUGAUAAAUAGGAAGUACUAUUUGAGAUACACACAAGCCAGCAUUGUUUUCAAAGUAUGUACUUGUGUUUAUACCCCAUGCUCUGGAGUUUUAACUCAAGAUUUAUAUGCUUUUUAGCAGAUCAAAAAUAAAAAAAGGAAAAGAACAGGCCUAAGUAUUUGCUUCUUAGGUUUCUUAAUGAUAGGCUUUAUGUUACAGCCAUCUGUAAUUUAUCUCAUCAGGGUUUGUAUCAUAAUUUAUGACUAGCUGAAUAUAUUGUGGGUAGCAUUAUCAGUAUCUUCUCCACAAAAAGCAACAAUACACUGGAAUGUUUCUCUGUAACUGUAUUUCUAAUCUUCAAAAAUUGUUUCCCAUUUGUGUUCAAAAUAAACUACAUCACCACUU